GUCAAAUCGUCUAGAGUCUUCUCCCGUGUUCGACGUGGUGUGUGGUUGAGAGGUAGGUAGGUAAGGCACCAGCUUAUAGAGCACCUAUGCAUGUACAUACAAGGUACACUGCCAUGUACCUAUCCGAUGUAACCCAGCCGCCGUCCCGCACUGGCAGCACCAGCAUCGGCAGCUGGCGAAUGGCGUCGAAUUUCCACCGUGGCCUUUUUCUCGAUCGAGCAACCGGACAGCAACCCUACCGCCGGCCAGCCUUGUUAUCCCCUCGACAGAUGUCUGCCCACCUGCUCUGCUUCAUUCUCCGGACUUGCAUAUCUGUCAUGAACCCCGUUGGAUAUUUAUAAACCCCAUAGGCAUACCCGCGUCUGCGAGGGAGGACCCGAGAGAGAAGCGAGAGUGAUACGAGAAAGCCAGCAAACUUGACUGACCAUUCGCCUUUUCAUUUUUUUCCUUCUCUUCCCCCCCGAUCCAAACUCACUCUGCACCAAGCUAAGGCUACCCGCGAUCCUCGUCGGAAAGCUCCCCCACCACCUCUCUCUAUCCCUCGAGUUUCCCUCGCUAUAGCUAGGAGCCCAUCGUAGUCGUCGGCGGCCGACCCGUCUUUCCAUUUCUUUACGUCUCUGUCCGUCUCACCCGCGUAAACCACAUAGUCGCCACCGUCCGUCCGUCCGCCCAUCCGAUGCAUACCUUCGGCCUCAAACCCGCCGCGGCCGUGGCCGCUGUAGCCUGCCUCGGCUCCCUGCCGGCCGCGCAAGCUGCCCUCUAUCUCAAGAGCUCCCCCGUAGUCCAGGUCGACGCCAAGGACUACGACAGGAUAAUCAACCAGUCCAACCACACUUCCGUCGUCGAGUUCUACGCGCCGUGGUGCGGGCACUGCCAGAACCUGAAGCCGGCCUAUGAGAAGGCGGCGCGCAACCUCGAGGGCCUGGCGCACGUCGCCGCCGUGAACUGCGACGACGACGCGAACAAGCAGCUAUGUAGCGCCCUGGGCGUCAAGGGCUUCCCCACGCUCAAGACGGUGCGACCAGGCAAGGGCAAGGGCGCCAAACCCCUCGUUGAGGACUACAAUGGGCCGCGCACAGCCAAGGGCAUCGUCGACGCCGUCGUUGAACGCAUCAACAACCACGUCAAGCGCGUCACCGACAACGACCUCGACGCCUUCCUAGCCAAGAACAAUGAGUCCGCCAAGGCCCUCCUCUUCACCGAGAAGGGCACUACCAGCGCCCUCCUACGCAGCAUCGCCAUCGACUUCCUCGACGUCAUCACCGUCGCCCAGGUCCGCGACAAGGAGACUCGCGCCAACGAGCUCUUCGGCGUCGCUUCCUACCCGACCCUCGUGCUGCUGCCCGGCGGCGACCGCGACGGGCUCGUGUACGACGGCGAGAUGAAGAAGGACGCUCUUGUCAAGUUCCUCUCGCAGGCCGGCUCGCCGAACGUGGACCCGGCCCCCGCGAGCGCUAAGCCCGCUGGCGAGAAGAAGAAUAAGAAGAAGGCGGCGAAGCCGUCCGACAAGGACAAGAAGGCCAAGAAGGCGUCCUCCGCCAAACCCAGCGCCGAGACCGAAGCAGCGGAACCCGCAGAUGAGGAGGAGACCCCCGUCGAUGCCGCCACCGCAAAGCCGGUCGAAGCGGCGCCGCCCAUCCCGGCGAUCACCGACGCCGACGAGCUCGCGAAGCAGUGCCUGAACCGCAAGGCGCACACGUGCGUGCUGGCGUUCGUGCCGGCGGGCGCGCACGCGGACGAGGGUAGCGCGGGGUCACGGGCGCUGGCGAGCCUGGCGGCGCUGGCACACAAGCAUGCGCUGAGCUCGCGGCGGCUGUUCCCUUUCUUCGAGGUGGCGGCCGACGGCGGCGCGGCGGCGCCUGUGCUCGCGGGGCUCGGGUUGGCGGGCGAGAUCGAGCUCGUGGCGCUGAGUGGCAAGCGCGGCUGGUGGCGCCGCUACGAGGGCGCUGACUUCGGCCUCGAGAGCGUCGAGGCCUGGAUCGACGCCAUCCGCUUGAGCGAGGGCGUGAAGCAUAAGCUGCCCGAGGGCUUGAUCGCCGAGGAGGAGAAGAAGGCUGAGGAGACGAAGGCCGAGGAGACGAAGGCCGAGGAGACGAGGGUGGAGGAGAAAGAAGAAGAGGAGGAGAAACCGGCUGAGACGCCGGUUCAGCACGAGGAGCUGUAGAUUCGCGGGACAGCGUUAGUUAGUGAGUGCGGGUUGGAUGGUGCAGGGUAUAUAUAUAUGAUGCCGUGACUGCGCAAAAAGAGAGAGAAAAAGAAACCAAAUAUUCCGACGCCGCUCGUUCGUAACAGAAACCUUGGAGUUUACCUACCCGCACGAAGGAAUUCGAUUGAGACCGUGAACCUACCCGCCAACGCCAAACGCUACACGAAUAUGCCCCAUCUACCUAUCGUCUCGUCUCGUCUCGCCCCCUUUUCUCCGCCGCCAUCUCAUCAUCGCUCUUCCAUCCUUCGUUAAUUUUUCCUCUUCCCUUUCCCCUUUCCCCCCUCCGUCUCCUUCUCGAGCCUAUCCAGCACCUUGAGCGCCUCCUCCUGCGGCGCGUCCGCGUCCGAGUCCGAGUCCAAAUCCAUACCCACGUCCUCGUCGCUGUCGCCACCGCCCGUCGCCGGGACAUCUGCGGCCCCGCCGAGGCCCUCGCCGGCCAGGACGCGGCGGCCGCGCCGCCGGACGGCGCGGUCGAGCUUGGCGCGCACGCGGGCGCACCCGUCGGCGGCGGCGGCCAUCAUGGCCUCGAGGCGGCGGGCGUCGGGGACGCGGGUCUCGCAGACGAGGGCGACGACGCGGUCGGUGGCGCCGAGCGUGGCGAGCGUGAGCCACGGCAGCUCGGUCUCCUCCUGGGCGUUGAGGUCGAUGAGCGGGUCGGCGGCGUCGUCGGCGGCGGCCGCGGCGGCGCCGCCCC